AUGAAGUCCACAUGUGAAGAGUGUAGAAAGGCCUAUGCCCGAUCUACGGAUCGAGCCAAGUGUAUGGUGAAGGAUGGUCAACAACGUGACUCGGUUGAGCAGUCCAUCAAUUGCGAUGACAUCUCGGGGAAAAAGGCGGCAACAAAGAUGCCCAUCUUUCCUGUGAACGGACCUCAUGUCUGUCCACUGUGUCCGGACAAGAGGAGUUACAAAUUCGAUUCCUCUUUACGAAAGCAUUUGCGUCUCUACCACCCAAACUACAAGCGUAGAACAAGUGCCGCCACACAACAUCUGUCAGAACAAGAAGGGGAGGGACGAAGAGUGGAGAUUGCCAGGGAUGAAAGUGAAAAGACUGAUGUACUUCUCGCGAUAAUUUGGGGCAUUCUUGUCUUGAUGUAUCCCAUUCUUAUUCUUGCGGUGUCAGCUGUAAUUGCAAUUGGGUUCUGGCAGCUUCUUAGAGCUGAAAGGCGUCAGUCUGAAGAGGAGGGUAGGAUGCCACUGACCAAUUAUGCUGUGGAUGAGACAGUUUUAACUAACGAUGCAGAUACAGGCAGGGCGAAAAUUGUUUCCGCACUACAUGUUAGGAAUCUCUUCGAUAUCUUCCUGGAGGAAAUUUGCGCGCGCAUUUUGGAAUUUGUUGCAAAUUAUGGAAUGAAGAUUUAUAAUUUCUACUGCUGGGCAGUUGGUGUCUAUCUCCUCAGUGGUAUUAAGAUCAUCGCUCCCCGAGCGACUUCUACUUUUGAUGACCAACCCUCCCGUAAAAUAGUGGUAACGCCGUCUUCUAACGACACAUGUGUUGUGAAGUACAGUUUGAAAACCUCCGAAAUGGGAGUUACCUCCGUCCCCACUACGGUGGCUCAACUACCGAUUUCGGUCAAUGCCCCAACUACAGCCUAUCUCCUUCCCUCGGGUGAACUUGUCUUCACCGUGGAUACUCAAUAUGCUCAAGGCGAUCAGUACUAUCAUGUGGUGGAAGCGGAUGAGAGUGGUGACCAGCGGCAAUCACUUUGUACGGAGGCUGAGACAGCAGGUACUUCGUCGACAGCGACUGGACUUGGUGACGUUGAGGAAUGGAGAACAUCCCAAUCGGCCCAUGAGGCUGUGGUCGGCUAUGCUAUGCCAACCGAUGCUCCAAACACAAUCCAUCAAACACACUGUCUUCCUGUGGAUCUAUGUACUUCAGCACUCUGUUUGACUGUCACGGAUCCCUCUGCUAAUUCCACCUCACAACAGCCGAAUGUGAUCACCGUUGACCCCACCACUUACCAGACUAUCCCGAGCGGCGUCGGUGAUGAAAGUGCUCUCGACUUGACCGAGCUCCCUCAUGAGGUUAUUGAUCUUUCUUCCCAAGGGAACCCUGUAGAUCUCAGUGGUACACAUCCACACCAACCUAGAUCCGAGUUAUGGGAAUCCGAGUCCCUAUUCAGCUACACACAUUUCCUCAACGUAGAUGAUGGCUUAUGA